UUGGUCAAGAGCUUCGCACUUUGCGAUUGGAUGCCAAACUAGCAGGAAUGAGUAUCAGAUUCAACGUCAAUGGAUAUCCAUACGAGGUUCAACCGGCGGACUACGCCGUGGACAUCACACUCAACACUUUUCUUCGAGAACAUCUCCACCUGACUGCCACCAAGUACAUGUGUCUCGAGGGCGGUUGUGGCUCCUGUGUCUGUGUGAUCCAGCGUCGUCAUCCCGUCACUGGCGAAUUAAAAACCCAAGCCGUCAACUCAUGCUUGAUGUUGCUCAACACCUGCAAUGAUGUUGACAUUAUCACAGACGAGGGAUUGGGCAACAAAAGCAGCGGCUAUCAUCCCAUACAGAAACGUCUGGCCAAGCUCAAUGGCACUCAAUGUGGCUACUGCUCGCCAGGAUUCGUAAUGAACAUGUACGGACUCCUCGAAGGUAAGGGAGGCGUGGUCACCAUGUCCGAAGUGGAGGAUGCUUUUGGCGGAAACAUUUGUCGCUGCACCGGCUAUCGACCUAUAUUAGAUGCCAUGAAGUCCUUUGCAGUGGAUAGCACCAUUGAGGUGCCAGCGGAAUGUGUGGACAUCGAGGAUUCCUUCGAGUUGCUGUGCCCACGAACUGGUCAAUGCUCCAGUGGAAGCUGCUCCCGGAAGAUGCUUCCAUGCCAAGACAAUUGUCAAUGGUAUUGGCCCAAGUCGUUAACAGAGUUGUUCGCUUCCUUAGAUCAAGUUCCCGCAGGAGAAGAGUAUAUUCUGGUGGGAGGAAACACAGCUCAUGGUGUCUACAGAAGAUCGAAGAGUAUUCGGCACUACAUCGAUAUCAACGAGGUGCCGGAGCUGAAGCAGCACAGCAUUGAGUCUGAUCAUCUGCUACUGGGAGCCAACAUGUCGCUGACAGAUGCGAUGCAACUCUUCCAACAGGCCACAAGUCGCUCCGGUUUCGAGUAUUGUGCUCAGUUAUGGCAACACUUCAACCUGAUCGCGAAUGUGCCAGUCCGAAAUAAUGGAACUCUGGCUGGCAAUAUUUCUAUAAAGAAGCAACAUCCCGAAUUUCCCUCCGAUGUUUUUAUCACGUUUGAGAGUCUUGAUGCCCAAGUCCUAGUGCAUGACAACGCACAUACCCAGAGAGUAAUGACCCUAUUGGAUUAUCUUCAAGAUCGCACUCCCAAAUUGGUUAUUGGUGCAUUUAUACUGCGAGCGUAUCCCAAAGACAAAUACCUUUUCAACUCAUAUAAGAUUCUUCCCCGAGCGCAGAAUGUUCAUGCCUAUGUAAAUGCAGGAUUUCUCAUUGAAUGGCAAAAUAUUCAGCGUCGCAUAGUCGGAUCGGCUCGUUUCUGCUUCGGAAAUAUUCAUCCAGGUUUUGUACAUGCUCAAAAUGUAGAACAGUUCCUGGUGGGUCGUGAUCUCUACGACAAUGGCACUGUGGUGCAAGCCUUCGAACAACUUCUGACGAUUUUGCAGCGGGAAAUGCCACCAGAGGCAUCUCCUGAAUACCGCCAGAAACUGGCCUGCUCUCUGUUUUAUAAAUUUCUCUUAGGGUCUGCCCCUAAGGAGUUGGUUCGGGAGCGUCUUCGAAGUGGAGGAAAACUGCUUGAACGUCCACUCUCCUCAGGCAAACAGUCGUUUGAGACUAUUCCCAAGAAAUACCCGGUUAGUCAGGUGGUUCAGAAACUUGAAGGUCUGAUUCAGUGUUCCGGUGAAGCCAAGUAUAUGAAUGAUGUGAUGACCACUUCCAAUGCUGUCUACUGCGCCUUCGUGACUGCAAAAAAGGUCGGAGCCACGAUCGAAGGCAUCGAUACCAAGGCUGCCUUUCAGUGCAAUGGUGUUGUGGCCUUCUUCACACUGAAGGAUAUUCCUGGAGACAACAACUUUUACAAUUCGAAUUUACUGGCUGUUGAGCCCGAAGAAAUAUUUGUUAAUGGUCGUGUCAAGUACUACGAUCAGCCUCUCGGGGUAAUUGCUGCAACUACCCAUGAUGUGGCCGUCUACGCGGCUUCCUUGGUGCAGGUGACUUAUGCUAAUGAUCAGGUGAAAAUCUACACAAGUAUAAAUGCUGUGCUUGCAUCCAAGAAGCAAGAUCGAAUGUUUACAAUGACCAAGAAAGUGGAGGAAGUACAAAAACCAAUGCCAGAGGCAGGUGAUAUAAUUGGUCGAGGAAUAAUAGAGUUGGAGUCACAAUAUCACUUCACGAUUGAGCCACAGACCACCAUUGUGGUACCUGUCGAGGAGGGUAUUCAAGUGUGGUGUGCCACUCAAUGGAUGGAUGUGACUCAGACUAGCAUUGCUCGUAUGUUAAAAAUAGAGUCGAAUGCGGUGCAGUUGCACGUGCGACGAGUUGGCGGCGCUUACGGUGGAAAGGUGACUCGAUGCAACCAUGCAGCCUGCGCAUGUGCUUUAGUUGCCUAUAAACUGAAUCGACCAGCGCGAUUUGUGCAAACUAUUGAGUCCAUGAUGGAGACCCUUGGCAAACGAUGGGCUUGCAGAUCCGACUAUGAGUUUCAGGUUCGUCCGAAUGGAACAAUUCGUCGUCUAACAAACAACUACUAUGAGGAUGCAGGUUGCACUCUUAAUGAGAAUGUUGUCGACUUCCUAACCCAACCUGCAUUACCAAAUGUCUACAAUCUUAACAACACAAACUUCACAGCGAAGGGCACAGCAAUCCGAACGGAUGCAGCGAGCUCUACAUGGUGUCGAGCUCCAGGAACAGCAGAGGGUGUUGCCAUGACUGAGAUUGCACUGGAGCACAUUGCCUUUACUUGCAAAAUAGAUCCAGCCGAUGCUCGACUGGUGAAUCUUCGACCGGGCAACAAAAUGAUUCAGUUGCUUCCUCGAUUCCUUGCUUCAACGGAAUAUCGAAAGCGCCGCAACGAAAUCAACUUGUUUAAUGCACAGAAUCGAUGGCGUAAACGAGGAUUGGGACUUUCCCUCAUGGAGUUUCCUCUGAAUGUGAGCAUUGCCUUAGCUUAUCCGACAACAGUGGCAAUUUAUCAUGCGGAUGGAUCUGUGGUCAUUACCCAUGGAGGAAUUGAGAUGGGCCAAGGAAUAAACACAAAGGUGGCCCAAGUUGCAGCUUUUGUUCUGGGAAUUCCACUGGAACGUGUACGAAUUGAGACAAGCAAUACAAUUACAGGAGCAAAUUCCUUUUUGACUGCAAACUCAAUGGCUAGUGAACUGGUUGGAAUUUCUGUUCGCAAAGCUUGUAAUACCCUGAAUGAGCGACUUGAGCCGGUGAAGCGAAGAUUGGGCCCCAAUGCUAGGUGGGAAGAGAUAGUUGAGGCGGCUUUCAUACAAUCGAUCAGUCUCCUUGCAUCAGAAAUUUAUAAAAUGGGUGAUCAGCAAAAUUACAGUAUAUUCGGAUUAAGUCUCAUUGAAUUGGAGCUCGACAUUUUGACAGGCAAUCAUUUGAUACGACGCGUGGACAUUUUAGAAGAUGCAGGCGAGAGUCUCAGUCCCAGCAUUGACGUUGGUCAAGUAGAAGGAGCCUUUGUCAUGGGACUAGGCUACUAUCUCACUGAACUUCUGCUUUAUGAUCGCCAGACAGGUCGCAUACUUACGAAUCGAAGCUGGAACUAUCAUCCUCCGGGUGCUAAAGAUAUACCCAUUGAUUUUCGCAUUGAAUUAUUACAGAAAAAUCCGAAUCCAGUUGGAUUCCUUAGGUCGAAAGCCACUGGAGAGCCAGCCUUCUGUUUAGCUGUCGGAGUUCUCUUUGCUAUGCAACAUGCUAUACAAUCUGCGAGGGAAGAUGCUGGACUUCCCAGAGAAUGGGUUCGUCUUGGAGCACCAACAACACCAGAGACAGUUGUGCUCUCGGCGGGAAGUGAUGUCCGUCAAUUCGCUUUAAAGUAGAUGAUAAAAUAUAAAAUAGUAUUAAUAAAGAAAAUCAACUGAAUAGGUUUUCAAAUAACCAUA